CUUGGAUUAGCGGGACGGUCGAUGCUCUUCUUUCCGGCGGCCGGCGUCCAUUUUCCCCCCUGUUAGCAUCAUCGUUCUUGGCGCGUUUCUUCGUUUUAUCGUAAUUUUCCGACUCAAAAAACUGACGUAUCUUUUAAGAUGGAUGGACUGCCACCGGGUAGAGGUGGAUUCCGAGGCCGCGGCGGACCUGGUGGACCGAUGAGAGGACGCGGCGGGUUUGGGGACAGAGGAAGGGGAGGCCCGCCCAGGGGUGGAAUGAUGCGAGGUCGCGGAGGCCCAGGUAUGGGCAUGCGAGGAGGUCCUCCAGGAAUGAGAGGUCGAGGAGGUCCACCUGGUAGAGGCGGACGUGGGGGACAUUUUCCUCCUGGUCCACCGGAGCCAGGAUUGGGCGGACCCGGUGGUCCACCACCCCCUGGAAUGGGUGGUCCAAUGAGAGGUGGCAGUAGAGGAGCUCCCGGCGGUGGUUUCCGUGGCAGAGGACGAGGCGACUUUGGCAGAGGGGACAGUCGUGGUGGCGGUUUUCGUGGGCGUGGCGCUGGAAUGGAUCGAGGCAGAGGCGUCGGAGCAUUCCCAAGGGGUGGCGGACCUCCGAGAGGCGGUGGACCACCAAGAGGAGCAAUGGGCAGAGGUGCCGGUGGUUUUGUCGAUCGCGGAGGGCGUGGAGCCGGCGCUGGAAGAGGAGCAGGUCCAAUAAAACGCGGAGGUGGCCCGUUGGGCGCUGGCGGACCUCCGAAGAGACCGCGUUUCGAACCUCCGCCACCACAACCUGCUAAUGGCUACGGAGGAGCACAACCGCCAGCUCAAGGAUACGGAGCCCCGGGCAACGGCUACGGAGGUGGUCCACCCCCGCAACCGCCAGUUGGUAGCGGGCCUGGUUACGGUGGUGGAAAUGGCGGCUACGGCGGCCCGCCUCAAGGGGGAUAUCCACAAACGGCAUAUCAAGGAUACGAAAACUAUCAGGCACCUCCUGAUUAUUCACAAACUGCUGGAUACGCGGCUCCUGUACCGCCUGACAACAGAUACGGAGGUGCGCCACCAGUACCAACAGCUGGAGGAUUCAAUGCAGGCGAUCCUUACGGUUACGGUAAAGCACCACCGUCAGCUAAUUAUCAACAAGAGGCUGUCCCGGCACCAGUUGCUGCCAGUGGGGGCGGGGGUGGUUACGCUCCGGCUAACCCUUACGAAGAUCAAUCCUGUAAUCCCACUGGAAUGAUGGGCAGGGGUGGUUAUUCGACGCAAGGUUAUGACUAUCCAAGUCAAGACGGUGGAUAUGGCAAGCAGGAUUACGGUAAGUACCAGACGCCUCAGAACGAAUUUUAUUAAACGGAAAAAGCAAAGAGAGAACAAAGGAACAGAUGAAAGAAAGGAGAACAAAAUGAAUGAAAAGGGGGAGGUUUAUUGAUGGCAAAAUACACAUGCCCUUAGGACGAGGUCAAAAAGCAUUACCGAUAAAGCUACCUCAAUGAAAAUUAGUGAGAAUUCAAGGGAAGCCUGCGAGCGACAAAAAAAUGAAAAGAGUGGUGUGAGAUUGAGACGAAAACGUGUCCCGAACGAAAUAGGAAACCGUAGGGCACAGGCUUUUUUUUUUAUUUUCCUUUCCAAUAAACUUUUACAACUCAUUUUGUUGAAUUACUCCUCCCGAGUAAUGGCAAAAAUCUUAUAAACGUAGAUUUUCUCCCCUCCCUUCUAACCGAAAAAUACUUGUUUAAAUAUCCUUAGAAGCGCAAGUAGUAGCUUGACGAAACAAAUGAUGCGUCACAUCACGAAAACGGAAAUUUCAAGAGUCAUUGUAUGAAGAGUGGAUAAGCGGUACAUGUGCAUAAAAAACGUUGAGACAGGGGGAGGAAAAGCCAAGAUAAAAAACUAUCGAUAAAUGUUAUUUUUAAUAACACACGAACCCAUCCAAACACACACACAUACACACACACACUCACAUCUAUGCUUAGCAAAAAAAGGAAAACAACUAAAGGUUGAAACAAAUGCGAGACUAUCCGAGAGAAUGACUGGAUAUGUGAUGGUUGUUCGUAAAUGGCAGUGCUGGUUAUAAGAACACCCAGUUUCAGCUACAUUAUAAAUUAUUCUUACAAAAGUAUAUCUUUCAAUUAUAUUAUUGUAUAUAUAUGAUAUAUGUAAAGUAUAUACACUAUCUCGAAAUUUAGUUGUACAAAUUAAAUUUCUUGUCGCGUUACAAAGUUCAAGGACUAUUGUACGUUUGUUUGAAAUGAAAAGGCAUCGAAAACGAGGUGUUAUUGAAGCUCGUAUCGCUGGAAAGCAAAGUUUAUGUUUAUUCAAUUAUUUUAUCAUCUCUGUACAAGUUAGAAAUUAACAAGUUUGUCCAGUCGAUUAAAGAAAGAUUUCGAAGAAACGUUUAGAUUGUUGAAGUUUUGUAGUCGUAGUUGAGACGACAACCUUGUGGGGCAAUAUUUAAAAAAAAAAAAAAAAAAAAAAAACAUAUUACGAGGCACCGAAAGGGAUACCGAGCUUCAAAACAUAUUGGCCGACGAAAUGAACGAAUUAGCGUACCGAAGCGAUUCCACCACACUCGUAAACGUCUAAACUUUGUCACGCACCAGAAAAAGCACUCGCUUACGGUAUUCUCUAAUAACAUUAUAACAUAAGAAACGGAAAUGAGAGGUGGAAUUAAAACGAAACACUCAAUUUAAUCACCAAAAACGUAUACAGAUGGCAGCAGAGGGGAGGGAGGGGGAGAGGGGGAGCUUGAAAAUGAAAACCAGAACCAAAAAAAAGAUCCGAGAUGUGUCUCGCUAUAAUCGGUUAUUACUAAGUUUAAGUUGGCCUCGGUGUACAGUCACUCAGAUCAGAAGAAGAAGAGGAGGAAGAAGAAGAAGAAGAAAAAAAAUCCAGAAACUUUUAAUUAUAGUACAAUUUCUUUCUAGAAACGUAAUUUUGUCACUGUUAUAUCGUAACUGAACACAACAAUUGUUUAAGCUCAUCUGCGUGUUACGUGUAGGUAAUUUGAAACGAUCGUAGCUAUUGUAACGAUCUUUUUUGUUUGUUUUGCGUAACGAGAGACUCGAGUUAUUUUUCCUUAUUAAUUGUCCUCUUGAUCGAAAAGUGAAGGUAUGAAAACGGAAACAAUAAAUCAAUGCACAUGGAGACUAAACUGAAUCAAAACCACCGUGAUGGAGCGUUUUAUAAAAUUUAAGAGCCGAAAAUUCGUAGUUUUGCAUUAGGAUACGCGAGCGUGAAUUCGCAAAAAACAAACAAAAACAACUACAACUAAAACAAAUAUGAAAUUCUUCGUCUUAGAAUGUUGCUCCGGCAUGAAAUGUUCAAAUAGAUAAAAAUAAUAAGCAGCAAAAAGAAAAAUAUGUCUUAACGGAUUUAGAUACAAAUUUUUUUAUAAGUCAAAGACGACUACACGAAUUUAGGUCCACACGUAUGUAUAUAUAUGUUUAAAUAUAUCUACAUAUAUCUGUUUAUGACAUACCACAUGGUCGAGGAAAGAGAAGAAAAACGAACGAUUGUGCAUUUGCAGUGCCGAUAGCAGUUGUGAUUAUUUUCUUUUUACCCUUUGGUUGUACGAAGAAACGAGAAAUAAUGCAAUGAAAUAAAAAAGAAAGAAUAAUUGAAAAAAAAAUUGACGUUAAAGGACGCAGUAAAUACGAACGAAUGACAAAAAUAUUUUCCUCAAUUUAUUAAUCAAUAUUAUUAUUUCGUUUUUUAUAUUUAACUCAAAAAUAAGAAUAAUGAAUAUUUAAGGAUGUAGGACGAAAAAAGGAGCAACAGAAACCGAUUGUCAUCUUUUUUUAAUAGUUGAUAGUGUAAGCAAUAGCGAAAUCGAAGUCAAAGUUGCGACACAAAGUAUGAAGAAAGUGAGAUUUAAAAAUCUUCCUUGCACGAUGAUGAGAUGAAAAAAAAGAACGACAACAAAAUUAUAUGGAAUACUUUUUCUCACAUUUAUUACUUCCUCAACCUUCUGUACAAGAGAGUGCAUAUGAGUAAAAAAUGAAAGACUCAAUAAACCAGCAACUGCCCUAGGAUACUGGCACAACCAAUAACGACGUGAUUAACGAGACAACGUGAUUAUCCUCUGGCUCUCUGCUUGGGAUAUCUCUUUUAACAGAAAGAGGGGGAGAGAAAGAGAACAAAAAUGAAAUGAAAAGAAAAGAGAGUGACUUAAACGUAACGAUACAACCAACGUAGGUAUCGAUACUCUAUCGACGAAGUAAUACAAACUCUUUGCGUUGAAUUAACAAACAACAACAAAAAAAAGAAACGAAACGAAAAUAUACAAAGCAAAUGAAACGAAUAAAGACAAAUGCUCGAGUAGAACCUCGGUCCAAGCUCAGGUGAGUAAAAAAAACAUCAAGUUAUAUAUCCGUUUUUUCUUUGUGAUCAUUUUGACAAGAGAGAUCGAUGAGAAUCAAGUUUUUCCGUAGGAUCCAUUUCAAUUGUUUGUCUAACUCAUUUCUCGAAGGAGGAGAUCGGUCUAAAUAAUGAAUUUAUGAUUAAAGGCUGCGUUUACCUCUCAUUCAAAUUUCUCAUCAUAUUAUACGCGAGCAUUAUUAAAAUGGUGUGAUAAUGCUAUGACACAGAUAAAUAACAAUAAAUAUACACGAGAAAGAAAAAAGAAGAAACUCGUUCGAACGAACUAAUUACAAAUUAUCACAGCAACGUAGGGAUAGGUUCGUUCGUUACGUAGGAUUUCGAAGCUGACCAUGCAUGAUAUUAUCAUUUCAAAAACGAUCAUGAAGAAAAUAAUAAUAAUUAAAAAAAAAAAAAAACUGCAACUGAAGUAAAUCCACAAAAUAAUCAAACAAACACGUCCGUGUGUUUAAAUUUUCAGCCCACUUUAUUGUACGUGCAGUAGACGUAGGGUCUGAUAUUAAAAUUAUACGAAAACGAACAUUAGGCCGAAUCAAAGAAAGAUUUUGAAAUAUAUAAAUACUGAAAAAAUGCACUACAAAGAAUAAAUCAUUCGAGUACGAUUAAAAUAUCGAACUAUGGCAGAAUAAAUCGGAAUCAUGUGCGAAAUAAGAGCGAAUUAUUGAAUAAUCGAUGAAACAAAAGUGAAAUACGAUGAUGAAACAAAUUGAUAUAUUCGAGAGCGAUGUCGAUCACAAAUAUUCUACUUUUAUUCUUAUUUUAAUUUCCAACAUCUCUCCGUAAAGAGUUUAAAUGACGAUAUAGUUAGUAAAUUAUUAAGAUUGCCCGUUGAUAUUAUUCGUGAAACAAUGAGAGAAAUACGGUGAGACCCUUUGACUGUAUUUAAAACGUUAUAUUUUCCACUCUAGGCUGAUCAUCUCGCAUCCAUUCUGAACCGUUAAAAGGAAGUCCUACUGCACUUGACCACAUGACUGGCAAUCGAAGAAAAUCGUUUGUGCUCCCGAGAACUCGGAACACGAUCACGAGUCCAAGCCAUCGAUAUAUAAUGACUGGCUUCUCGUUCAAGACCUUUGGACUUGGUUUUGGUCAUCCUCUUCUCAGUCCAAGAUCCAUAUAAAAAGGUAGAACUUUUCGACUCAGCCACAUGUAAUAAAUCGCAUUUUUGUUGCUGUCUUUCGACAAAUAAACGAUGUUACACUGUU